GCAGCAGCAACGUAUUCGUUCAACUUGCAUUUUCCACCGCGUGUGCGUUUUGUGCUUGGUAAUACAUUUUCCUGCAUUAUUUUGUAUAAAUAAAAUAAAUGAAUAUUGAAUGAAGUAAUACAAAUAGUGUUAGACUAUUUCUGUAAGUAGACUAGUGUGCAAAGUGAGUGAAAAUUUGAAGUAAUAUAAUUUGCAUCAAUCGAACUUAAAAACGGGACUACAUCUGUAAAAAAAACAACAUACAUUAAAAUUGUGAAUUAGAAAAAACUAACACCUGUGUAGAAUAGAAUGAGUGAGACGCGUGAACAGAUACUCGGAGAAAUUAAAAUUCAGGGCGAUUUAGUUAGAAAACUUAAAGCGGCCAAGGAAACCAAAGAAAAGCUAAACAGCAAAAUUCACAAAUACCCCAAAACCCAAACUACUGUGUAAACUAAUAAUAUAUAAUAAAAAAAAGACAAGAACAAUAAAGUGAAAAAAUGCCGGAAUAUUUAAAUGCAAUGACCGGUCGCUUUAAAAAUGUCAAUGCCAGUGGUGGUGUUACAACGGUGACACCGCCUGCACCCUUCGAUGCGAGCACAAUGAUCUACGAGACCAUGCAACAAACACAACAAUACCAGCCACAAUAUCCGCAACUAGAAUUACAACCACAAAAUCUUGGCAAUGUCAUGCCGAAUGUAAAUACUUUCGAUUAUAUGGGUUAUGCGCCGGUAUCGGCACCGGUUCCCCCACCACCGGCGGUGAAUGAGCAUGAAAUUGAGUUUCUCAACUGUCGGCCAAGACGCUACAAACGCACCAAACGCACUUAUACGAAAAGAAAAAAUAAAACUACAACUAAACAACAAAACAACGAGAAAACUACAGCAACAACUGGUGCAGCAGCAACAACAAAUACCAAAGCAAUGCAAAUGCCGUCGAUGGCGAAUUCGCCGAACGUACAAAUGAGCUUUAAGAUGAUGACUAUGGACAUCACCAAAACGGAACCCAACAUGGGUCCAAAUAAUCCACAAAGCGCGCAAAAUCCUAACAACGGUAAUGGCAAUCCCAAUAUUGGUAAUCCGAAUGGCAACAACAACGGUCUCACCACCGUCAGCGCCGUCGGCAAUGCGAACAGCAAUGCCAACAACAACAACAACGGCAAUGGUAGCCAAUUGUGCGCCGGUUGUGGCAAGCACAUACAGGACCGUUACUUGCUGCGCGCCCUCGACAUGCUGUGGCACGAGGAUUGCCUCAAAUGUGGUUGUUGUGAUUGCCGUCUCGGCGAGGUGGGCUCUACGCUCUACACGAAGGGCAAUCUUAUGCUGUGUAAACGCGAUUACUUGCGAUUAUUUGGCAACACUGGCUAUUGUGCAGCCUGCAGUAAAGUCAUUCCGGCCUUUGAGAUGGUCAUGCGAGCGCGCACAAAUGUCUAUCACUUGGAAUGUUUCGCUUGUCAACAAUGUAAUCACAGAUUCUGUGUUGGCGAUCGUUUCUACCUGUGUGAGAAUAAGAUUCUCUGCGAAUAUGACUAUGAGGAGCGUCUGGUCUUCGCCUCAAUGGCCAAUCAUCCGAUGUUGAAGCGACAUGCCAGCGCCAUUGGACAGGGUUCACCGACCGGCGCGGGUGGUUUAAUGGGCGGCGGCAGUCCUGGUGGACCGGGCAGUGUUGUGCAAAACGGACCGCGUACACCGGGCGAUCACAACAACAACAAUGGUCCACAAACCGGCCCCGGUGGCUCACCGUUCGGCGUACAAGCGGCAGCAGCAGCGCAUAUGAAGAACUCGCUGGGCGCGUCUAGCUAAAAUAAAGCUUUGGCCAUGAUUGCCGGCGGUGGCAGUGGCGGCAGCAGCGUCGGCAUCGGCGCCAACAUGGGAGCCACCAGCGUCAGUGGGUGUUAUUACAACAAUGGUUUAAAUGGCGGCGGCGGCGGUGGCAGUGGUGUUAGCGGAGGGCCCGGUGUCGAUGUCGGUAUCGGUGGCCUCGUUGGCUCUGGUGGCGUUGGUGCGGACGGCGGCUGUAAAAGCUACCAAAGAAAAUACUACGACAUAAAUUGACUGAAUGAUGUGGGUGGCGGUUGUGUCAAAAGCAACAAAAAUCAGUGAAGUUGUGAAGCGACAUACAUAAAAGCAUAAUUAACACCACAUACAUAUACAUAUAUGUAUGUAUGCAUUUGUAUGUGCUGAUUAUGCGUGGUUGUUUAGAAGUGUUUGUGGAUAUCGUAGAGUAUGUAUUUUUAUUAUUGACUCAGUUAUUAUUUAACGCGCAUACUUUCCUUAUUACCGUUAUGUAUAUGAAGUUGAAAGUGUGCUUAGGAAAGAAUUUAGUUUUUAAAUUUAAUUCAUAGCAGGACAAUAUUUAAUUUUAAUUUACCAUAUAAUAUAGUUUAGUAAUAUUAUUAAAUAUGUAUUACAUUAAUAUAAUUUCACAAAAACAAAAAGUUAAAAAACAAAUGUCGGUGUGUUUUACCAUGAGUUUUGCAAACAACUGUUAGUGCAAUGUGCGACUGGAGUUUAGUUUUGAAAUACUGGAAAGUUUUCAACAAAUUGGUUUUGGAAAAAAUUGUUUCGAGUACAAGAAGAAAGUGUGCCAAAAAUGUUAUUGAACUAAAUUGAAAUUGAAAUUCAUUUAUUUCAUAAAUUUUCUGUUGUUUGUUAAAAUUUAAAUUUUAACUUAUCAACUAUAACUUUUAUGUUAUUUUGGUAUGUGUUUUUUUUUUAAAUUUUUUAAUAAUUUUGUUUGUUUACAAUUUUUUUUAGUUAAUUAGUUGAUUAAAAUUAAAUAUUUUUUUUGUCGACUGUUUUUUUAUUGUAAUAACUUUUAAUUUUCAUUAUGUUUCUGUAUUUCAUUUUGCUUUUGCUUAUUUACUAAAUUUAAAAACUUUUAAGCCUUUGUUUACUCUUUGCGAAAUGGUUUGCUUGUGAAUUAAGUGAAUAUAAAUAAUAGUUUUCCAAUUUUAUUUUCAAUAUUAUUUGAGUAGCAAAUGCUUAUUUUUAAUUUUUUUAAGAAUA